GAUGUUUCUUCUUUUUUCAUAGGUAAACUAAUAUAUGAAGUCAGCGCCUAUAAAGACUAGAUGGAACCAAGGAACAAUGUGACUUACUUUGUCCUCUUGGGCCUCACACAGAAUCCAAAGGAGCAGAAAGUCCUUUUUGUUCUGUUCUUGCUCUUCUACGUUUUGACCGUGGUGGGCAACAUGCUCAUUGUUGUGACUGUAACUUUCAGUAAGACCUUGGGCUCGCCAAUGUACUUCUUUCUUGCUAGCCUAUCAUUUAUGGAUGCCAUUUAUUCUUCAGUAAUUUCCCCCAAAUUGAUUUCAGACUUGUUCUUUGGGGAAAAUACUAUAUCCUUCAAAUUUUGUACAACCCAGCUCUUUACAGAGCACUUUUUUGGAGGAUCAGAGGUCUUUCUUCUGUUGAUGAUGGCUUAUGACCGCUAUGUGGCCAUCUGUAAACCCUUGCAUUAUUUGGUCAUCAUGAGGCAAUGGGUGUGUGUUGUGCUACUGGUAGUGUCCUGGGUUGGAGGUUUUCUGCACUCAGUAAUUCAACUUUCCACUAUUUAUGGGCUCCCAUUCUGUGGCCCCAAUGUCAUUGAUCACUUUAUCUGUGACAUGUACCCCUUAUUGAAACUCAUCUGUACUGACACCUAUGUCAUUGGCCUCUUAGUAGUGGCCAAUGGAGGGCUGAUCUGCACUGUUGUUUUUCUGCUCUUACUCAUCUCUUAUGGUGUCAUCUUGCAUGCUGUAAAGAAACUUAGCCAGGAAGGGAGGCAGAAAGCCCUCCAGACCUGUGGUUCCCACAUCACUGUGGUUUUCUUCUUCUUUGUUCCCUGUAUUUUCAUGUAUGCAAGACCUACUAAGACCUUCCCUAUUGACAAAUCAUUGAGUGUGUUUUAUACGGUCAUAACACCCAUGCUGAACCCGUUAAUCUACACUCUGAGAAAUUCAGAGAUGACUAAUGCUAUGAAGAAGCUCUGGAGAAGAAAUGUCAUAUCUUGUGGUAAAUAAGUGCAUCAUCCACCAUAAAGAGAGUUAUUUGACAUUAGGAUCCAUU